GAGUUUUACAUUUUUCUAUUGUUGGAGUUGAGCUGAGUCGAUCUCUCAAACCAUAGACACGUCUUUAAACUUCGAUUCCCACAUUCCUGCCUCAUCGAAGAGCUAUAGACACUGCAGUAUAUAGUAUAGUUUCAGAGCUCUAAACUUAUAAUUAGAUCUUGGUUUAUCAAGGAGAAUGAGCAUGCCUUCAUUCACAAUGGGGCAGACUGAAAAUGAAGAUUUCCCUGCAUCUGCUAGCACUGCUAGUCAACCUUUGAACUUCGUCCACCAGGACUUCACCCCUAGUAAGGUAGCCAGCCAGAGCCCUCACAAGCAGAAAUCACCUGGUAGAGAACAGUCAGGAAGGCCAUCGACCCCUUUCCCUGAAAAUGAAUUACAGUUUGUACCAACUUACAACACCAUGGCUCCUGAUCAGCCCAUUGUCCUUGACAACCAAGGCAUUGUGGAAAGCCCCUAUUUGGCUUCUGAAGCUUUGGGUGCAACAUCAACUUUGAAUGAAGCAAACUUAUGUCAGACCGGACAAUCUGGUGAUGUCCUUCACCAUCAGCCACACCAACAGCACCCUGGUCCACUGAUUUUCUCUCAACAGCAGGCAUGGCCUCCGGAGAGUCACAAGCUGUACUACAGCCAAAGUCUGGACUUGGACAGUAAUGGCAUGCAGAGGACAAACCCCUUCGCGACGGGUCAGAGAUCGGCAUCCUGCGAUGCUUCACAUGGUAGCACAACGCCUACAUCACCUGUGGAGAAAGAGGAAAGGAUUCCCAACUCGGCUGUCAGGAGAUCAAGAGUUUGGAAGUAUGGUCGGAGGAGCAGUGGGAAUCACAGUGAUAGGCAGCCAUUCACUUUCAGUGUAACUGCUUCUCAGGCAGGUGCUGCUAUUGGAGGGAUCGAACACAGCAGUGCAAGGUUUUUUGGAAAGAGAUCAAUGUCAAGUUCAAGGCAUGAUGAUGCAUGGUCAUCAGAGCCUUCAACGAAGCAAUUCAUUAGUGAGGAGCGCAUGACGGCUGAGAUGCACAACCUCAGUUUAGAUGGUGUUGUUAGGCAACCUUUGGUCCCCCUCCCAUCAUCAUCUACUCCUUCCUCAUUGCCUUCAUCUGCAUCCCCACCUAGCUUUUCUUCUGCACCCAGCAUGCACUUCUCUUCAACCAGCGGACAGUGUAACCAUGGCAACUCCGAUCUGUUGAGGCAUCACAGAUGUCACCAUGAUCAUAGAACAGGGUCAAGGAGUUAUGCUGAGGCAGUGCUUGCUGACAUUGAAAGAAGACUGGAUGACGAUUCUGAUGAUGAAGGUGUUGAAGAGGACAUGCCACCAAACCAGGGAGAUGGUCAUCGUCUGGAGAUGACCCCUCAGUUGGUGACUGCCCUCAAAUCUAAAGGAACGUCCAGUCAUGUGCUCCCUCAAGAUAUAGUCAAGAAAAUAGUUUCAUCUCCUUGCAUGGAUCUAGUGUUAUGGAGACCACUGUCCAUCAUCAAUCCAAGGGGAGGCCCAGACCCGUCAUCAUCAUCGGGUCCAUCUUCUCCGUCAUCUACGGGCUCAGAGCUGACACCUAUCAUGGAAGUUGAAGUGGAGAGGGAAAGGGCAGAGGCAAGCAGCAUGAUGCCACAGCCCCAGCCUUACGAGGGGAUUCCCCCAGCUGCUAAUGACAUCAUGCAGGAGGAGGUGUUACCUGAUUACGAUGAAGAUAUGGAUCUCUGAAUGUUUCAUGUUUAUGAACUCACCUGUGCAAUUAAUCUCAAAGAUGUCUGCCAUUUUUUCUUUGAAUCUCUCUUAUUUAUUUACUUUGAAAAGUAGUGGCAAAGGUUUUUUCCUUCGGACAAUACAAAGACUUGUGUGUAUCCUAUGGUUCUUUUAAAAGAAUGAUUGCAACAGAAGCAUUGCCAUCCCGUUUCACCAAUCUUCCAAAAGAUAUUAGAUUUUGUAAUCAGUGGGUUAAACUUUGUAGUCUAUAAUUUCUCUUAUUUUCAAGUAACCAAACAAUAUUGGAACAUUUUCAUGAUUGACUUAAAUUUGAAAUGUUUGCAUAUGUAUUGCCUAAAAUUUUGAAAGCUGCUUCAAUAUUUUCAUCUUGUAAUAACUUGUGAAUCUUGCUGCAUAGAUUUUGCUGACUUAAAUGUUUGUGCAUGUUUGUCCCACACCCCAAAUCUGAGUAAGAAAUGUAUUCAAUUUACUACAAUAGAAGGUAAAGCAAAAUAAUUGUAUAGUAGAUUAUACUUUUUCACGCUUUUAACAAUGUGUGCCGUUUUAUGAGCAGGCAAGUUUGUUACUGGACUAAUAUGAUUUUAAGCCAUUCGGAACAGCAUCUGCUUAAGUCCUAAACUACUUUGAUAGUUCCUGGAUCAAUACCCAGAAUGCAACAUUUUGAUAUGUAGUCUUGUAAUGUAUACCCUCAAAAUGAUAUCAAAUAUCUGUUUCUGUUUGCAACAUUCAUAUCAUUAUAUUUUUCCAGGGAACAAAACAAGCUUCCAAGCAAUUUUUUUUUUCAGAUCAAAUGCCUUAUUUUUUUUAAAACAGAACUCACAAUAUGCAGUUAUUUGUUAAUUAUAAUAAGGUAAAUCAAGAUCCAGAUUAUCUCUAGAGCACAUGGCAUUUGUUAGGACACUGAAUGUUAGGAGAUUAAGCUAUUUAUCAGUGUUUGUCCUUUGUGUGUAUAACACAAUGCCUAGUGAGAUACAUAAACCUGUUCGAAAAUCCUGUUUUCCUCUAUAGAAACUUAUCUGUAUGGUGCUAUGUCUUGUCUUUACAUCAGUAGUCUUCUUUGUUAAAAGGCUUCAAAAUGAACAAUUGAAAGUUAUAAGUGGCUUUGUAACCUUCAUUUUCAAUUUAAAGUGCCCCCCUUGUUACAGUCUUUUGUAUUGCAAGAAAAUAUCGGUAAAUUAAUAUUAAAAUAAAUUUAUUUUAGGUUGUUCACUUUACAAACUAGCUCUUUGGUGUAUUUCUGAAUUCAUGUUCAUAUAUGGUACAUGUUUGUUCCUGGAACUGCAAACAUCUGUGUUCUUAAUGCAUCCCGCGACUGAAAUCAUGAUCAUAAAACCUUUUUUUUAACUAAUGAUUUAAUGAAGAAAAUGAAAUGAUGCACUGUAAUAUCCGAGUGGUAGCGUGCUAUCUAAUCCAAAAUGAAUGUAUGCAGAAUUAAUUUGUUCACCCUAUACCCUUUGUAGACGACUUAUUUAUUGAUGCUAAGACCUAGUUAGUGUCCCAGUAGGUUUAAUUUGUGAAGCAAACUGUAUGUUAAUUCAUAACAGCUAAGCUUUGUUGGAAUCCUCCCAUAAGGGUCCAGUUGCAUCAUAGCUUAUCUUAUUGUAGCUUUACCAUCUAAUGGUGACUGCUAAGGAAUCUGAUUUUUAUUGGUUGUUGAGAAUUUGAUUAUGCAACAUGGCUAAGAUGUUAUCUUGUAAUGUGAAAGCGCCAGUGCCAAGUUUCAUAAAACAUGUCAUCAAUGACCAGUUCCAAUCAGUCAUGAUUUUCUACUGAAAUGAUCCCAUUCCAUUGGCUUAAUGCAGUAUUUUCAAAGAAUCCUAGCAUUUUGUUAUCGAUAAGUUUUAUUUAAAGGGAAACCAUUACCAUGUACAAAUAAUGCACAUUUAUGAAUGUGUUGUAGCAGUGCAGUGCACUGUAUUUACAAUAUGGGACAAGGAUGAGGCAUUUGUGACGAGUGCUUUUGCAUGAUAUUGUGAAUACUCAAGUUGCUUGCAUUUUCACUAUCACAAAUUUAAAGAUGUGUGUUUUUGUGUUCUAAAAUGGGUCAGCAGGAUGAAUUUGUAGUGGAAAGUUUUCCGAAUCCCUCCACUUAUUCUAGGAUCGCACAAAAAAGUCAUAUCUGCU